AUGUUCUCUAUUUUUAGAAAUUUAACCCAAAAACGUUCCAAAAAUCUCAGACUUUCCCAAAUCGAUCAAGUUCCUCUUUUGCCAAAUGAUGUCCAUGUAGAAGUGAAUGGGGAAGAUGUUGAAAGUAACUUUACAAAAUUUGGAAGAUCAGUUAGGAAAUUUGGUGUUACAAAUCUUGUUGGGGUAAUUUGCCUUGUUAUACUUGUAAUCUCAAAUUUUGUAUUUGCUUUGCUUUAUUUCUCUGUAAUAAAUGAUAAUUCUUCACGUUUGCCAGCAUGGCCAGAUCCUUCAAACAGCCUUUUAGGGGAAUAUUCUUCUGCUUCUGUUGCCGCUGACAAUGAACUUUGUUCAACUAUUGGAAGAGAUAUUUUGUUGCAAGGAGGUAAUGCUGUAGAUGCGGCUAUUUCUGUUGUUAUUUGUCUUGGAGUAUUAAAUGCUCAAUCCUCGGGACUUGGUGGAGGACAUUUUAUGACCGUUUUUAAUGCUACAACUAAAAAAUGCAGUGUAGUAGAUGCUAGAGAAGUUGCUCCUUCAGCUGCUACAGAAAAUAUGUUUAAAGAACGUUGGAAUGCUUCGAGAUAUGGUUGGGAAGCUGUUGCAGUCCCAGGGGAACUUUACGGUCUUUGGAUUGAAUACAAAAAUUUUGGUGGAAAUGUUCCUUGGCAUUCUUUAAUAAAACCAACAAUUGAUCUCAUGGAAGAAGGUUAUCCAACAUCUUAUGCUUUUGCUUAUGCUUUAAAAUCUCAUGAAAAACAAAUUAGAAAUGAUACAAUUUUAAGCAAACAUUUUAUUAAUCCAAAAACGGGGAAAUUAUACAAAUUAGGUGAACAAAUAACUACGAGAAAGAAUUUAAUUGACACAUUAAAGAAACUUGCAAAUUCUAAUGAUCCAGUUGAGGUAUUUUAUAGAAGUAAUCUUACAAAGGCUAUGGUGGAGGAAUUUAAAAAACACGGUGGAAUAAUUAAUUUUGAGGAUUUUGUUAAUUAUCGUGCAAUUUUGCGUCCAGAUUCACAAAUUGUUUAUACAAAAUUAUCAAAUGGAAAAAUAAUUUGUGGACCUCCCCCGCCUUCAGGUUCAGCAGUAACUCAAUCAAUUCUUUCAAUUUUAGACCAUACUUUUAACGGAAAUGUUGAUUUUUUACAUCGUUUUAUUGAAGCUUCUAAAUUUGCUUAUGCGGCUAGAAGUGAUUUAGGGGAUAUUAAUUUUGUUAAAAAUGCUUCUGAAAUUGUUAAAAAUAUUACGAGUUCUGAAUGGGCACAAUUAGUUAGAUCAAAAAUAAGCUGGGGAACACAUCCAGAUUCUUUCUAUGGUGGUAGUUUUCAAGCACUUCCAGAAGACCACGGAACUACACAUAUUAGUGUUAUUGAUAAAUAUGGAAAUGCUGUUAGUGUUACUUCUACAAUUAAUUUAAUUCUUGGAGCCCAAGUAAUGAGUGAAAGUUCAGGAAUUAUUUGGAAUGACCAAAUGGAUGAUUUUUCUUCUCCUGGGCAUCCAAAUUAUUUUGGAAUUCCGCCUUCACCUUCAAAUUUUAUUAAACCUGGAAAAAGGCCAAUGAGUUCAAUUAGCCCUUUAAUUAUUUUUAAUAAAAAUGAUAAUUCUGUUAUUUCUAUUGGGGCUGCUGGAGGUUCUACGAUAAUUUCUGGAGUUGCCGGUGCUGCAUUUCAUGCUCUUUGGUUGGACAGGAAUAUUAAACAAGCAAUUGAUUUCCCUCGCUUUCAUAACCAACUUCGACCGAACUUUACUCAAUUCGAACUUACUAUGCCCAAUCGUUAUAUAAAUGCACUUAAAGAACGUGGACAUACAUUUAAAAGUGAAAAGAAAAUAACUGUUGUUACUGCUGUACAAAGAAUGUCCAAUGGAACUAUUUUUGCUAAUAGUGAUUGGAGAAAAGGACCAGAAAGUGAACCUUCUGCAAGAGGAAGUGGGCCAACAAUUUUAUCUUCAUCAUUAAAUACCUCAAAUCAACAAAGUCGAAAGAGAACAUUUAAUAAAUAUUUAGAAAAAACAAAUUCAAUAGAUUAUAGUAAAAGUAUUAUGGCUUCUACUAGAGUUGAUUUGGCACCGAGACAUUUUUCUUCGGCUCAAAAUGUACAACGAGCAGUUCAAAAAAUGCGUGAAAAAGAGCAAAAAGCAAUUAAUGAUCAAAUAAAUGAUGUUUAUUCAAAAAAUUAUAUUCCAAAAAAAUAUUCAAAAAAUUCUUUAGAAUAUGGAACACCGGUAGAAUUUUAA